GUUAGAUGGAUGGUUGAGGUAGCACAGAUUCACGCAGCACUGAGCUCCAUUUUAGAGUGAGCUCAUAACAGAGAUAGAAGGUACCAAGAUUGAGAGAUAGGAAAAAGCUUCAGAGAGAAAAAAUGUUCAGCCAGUCUAGAGCUUUAGUAGGACAUGGUGAAAGAAGAAUGUGCUAGAAAAACAUCGGACUGACACUGACUAAGAAAAAGAAGAGAACAGAAACCAGGGGGCAUGAUCAUGUAUCGAGGAGAAGGAGUAUCCCAUCCCCCAGUUUUCAUCCUCACAUCCUGACCAAAGGGAGACUGAGACGAGGAGCUCAAAGGACAAGAAAUCCUAAACUGGCUGCAGAGCGAAGAAAACAGAGGGGAGUUUCCUGAGCCCUAAAAGAAGAAAGAAUCAUUAAAGGAACGAAUGGUGCUGAACACACAUAAAUAGCUUUGCGGAUUCACACACAGAUAUAGAUAGGCACAUAGCCUCCACCGGCAGGCCGGGGCAACGCUGAGCAUCGGCAAAGUGGCAGGAGAAGCAGGGGAGGUGACUGUCGGAGCCGAGCGGAGGUGGCUAUCUGUUUUAGAAGACGACAGAGGUAGUCAAGGAGUGGGACAAGCUGACGCGGUGUGGUGUGGAGGCUCAGUGCUCAGAGAAAGGCGACAGGGAACAGGUGCUGAGGAGGAGGAAGAGGAGGAAACCAGGGGACUGAUGGCUCGCGGCAAUGGCUCUGGGCGGUGGAACAGGCAGAAGAUGGGAUUCUUUAACACCCUUCUGCGCUGUAACCUACCCCCAGAUACCCAAAAGGUGGUUGUGUUUGUCAUCAUGAUGUUGCUUAUUAUCAUUAAUGUAGUGCUCAUGUUCCUACUCGCCUUCCAGUAGACUGCACACACACACCUAUCCACUUUCUCUCUCUGAAACACAUGCUCAGACAGAGACACAUAGACUGUUACACCUAGAUGGGUGAGGAGGCGAGCAGAUAAACUGAGACACAAGAAGAACCACCGUAUUAUGAGAACACUGCUUGGAUCGAUGUGGGUGUCCUGUGGUGUUCACCAUGCCAGCAAAACACAGGCGCAACUGGAGGAAUGGAAGAUCAUGUAGACUGAUCAGUGAUGGCAGUGUAGUGUAUGCUGAAGGUCUUUGGGACCAUGUUACCAUGGACGUCCAAGAACUUGGCUUCAAGGCUGGUGAUGCCAUCGAAGUGAUUGAUGCCACAAACAAGGAGUGGUGGUGGGGCCGCAUCAUCGACAGUGAGGGCUGGUUUCCUGCUAGCUUUGUACGGCUGCGUGUGAACCAGGAUGAACCUAUGGAGCAACUUUCAACCCAUCUGGAGGAAUCCCAAUGUGGAGAUGAGGAUGGAGCAGAUUUGAGUUUGUUAUUAGGCCCCGGGUUACCCUGCAAAGAACAGAUGAGAGCCAACGUCAUCAAUGAGAUCAUGAUCACAGAGCGAGACUACAUCAAGCACCUGAAAGACAUCUGUGAGGGUUACAUCAAACAGUGCCGUAAGAGGACAGACAUGUUUACUGAAGAGCAGAUUAGAACCAUCUAUGGAAACAUUGAAGAGAUAUACAGAUUUCAGAGAAAGUUCCUGAAGAGCCUGGAGAAAGAAUUCAACAAGGAACAGCCCCAUCUUAGUGAGAUAGGCUGCUGUUUUCUUGAACAUCAAACAGAGUUCCAGAUUUAUUCAGAGUAUUGUAAUAAUCACCCCAACGCCUGCAACCAACUCUCCAAGCUGAUGAAAGUCAACAAGUAUGUGUAUUUCUUUGAGGCCUGUCGAUUGCUCCAGAAGAUGAUUGAUAUUUCUUUAGACGGCUUCCUACUCACUCCAGUGCAGAAGAUCUGCAAGUAUCCAUUACAGCUGGCUGAGCUCCUCAAAUACACCAAUCCUCAGCACAGGGACUACAAGGAUGUGGAGGCAGCCUUAAAUGCCAUGAAAAAUGUCGCCAGGAUGAUCAAUGAGAGGAAACGGCGCCUUGAGAACAUUGACAAAAUUGCGCAGUGGCAGAGUUCCAUAGAAGACUGGGAGGGUGAAGAUGUUCUGGUCAGAAGCUCUGAACUUAUCUUUUCUGGGGAGAUAACUAAACUAUCCCAGCCACAAACGAAGAGCCAGCAGAGAAUGUUUUUUCUCUUCGACCAUCAGAUGGUUUAUUGCAAGAAGGAUAUUCUUCGCAGGGACAUACUGUACUACAAGGGGCGCAUGAAUAUGGAUUUAAUGGAGGUGACAGAUUUGGAAGAUGGCAAGGAAAAAGAUUUUAAUAUUACCGUAAAGAAUGCACUAAAGCUUUGCGCAAGAAGUGGCAAUGAAGUCCACCUCCUGUGUACCAAAAAACCAGAACAGAAACAACGUUGGAUUCGAGCUUUUGCUGAUGAGAGGAAGCAUGUCCAAAAUGACUGUGAAACAGGCUUCUCUCUUACUGAAAUCCAGAAGAAACAAGCUAUGCUGAAUGCCUUCAAAAGCCACCCAGCUGGGAAAUCUAAAGCAGUGACCAGGCCAUACUGCGACUUCCUCCUUCAUCAGAAACAUCCAUCCUUACCCACUGCUCUGCCCCAGCAGCAGGUCUUCAUGAUGGCCGAGCCCAAGCGCAAAACCACCUUCUGGCAUAACAUUGGGAGACUGACGCCUUUCAAGAAAUAAAAAUCAAACCAGAAAGGAGAAGCAACAUUAUGGAGAAAGAGCUCAUGCCUCCAUAGAGCCUUUUUAAUAAUUCUUCUUUUUUUUUCCUAUGUAUAACCUUUCCUGGAGGGAUUUGUGGGCAUCUAUGCCCACAAAUAGAUAAGGUGGACUAUAAUAAAGGGAAGACUAUCUUUUGAAAGCACUUUAUUGGUUGGAUAACAAUCAGACAUGAGAAGGUCUCCUCAUUACCCUUCAGAUAAACAGUGAGAGUCAAUUCUUGCCUAAUGUACUUCUGCUCCUUAAGACAAAAACUGACUGGUAUUAAUUCUAUUGUACUGCUUCAACUUAUUGUGGGUCUCCUGGCUAAACUGCCUCUGUGAAAAUGUUGCCUGGCAACAAAACUGUUAUUUAUUUCCACUGUUUUGUGCUUUUAUUUUAUAAUUUAACAAAAAUUUCAGACUUUUCAUUGUGUGGUAAAAUUUCAUAUUCAUGCUUAGUAUGUCUGCUUUAAAAAAAGGAGGGAAAUUAGUUGGGGAAUAAAAUUCCUUGUGUUUUCUCUUUGCUAAUGUAUCUAAUGGAUCUUUUUUUACUUGCUUUAAACCUUCUGUGGACUGUAUGUGUUGUUUUGUAUUUGAAUUUUCUCUCCAGAUGUGCUAAUAUUCUAAUCUGUCCCAAGGAAGAUUAGAAUAUUUCAUUCUAAGGUCAAAUGUCCAGCAUAACCCAAAACACCAGCAACACAUUCCAGCAGUCUGACCCUUGACCUCUCCACAUCACUGAAAGUAAACCAUCUAUUCUAUUUUUAUUUCACUUUAUAUUUUACACAGUGCACUCUGAUAUGCAUAAAUAUAACCAAACAAUACAAGCUCAAUAAUAAAAUCCUUAUUAUA